AUGGGAAAUGAUGUUAUAAUAUAUUAUAUCAGAUCUCAAGAAGUGUCUCUCAAUACAAAUUCUACACAGUCUGGAAUUUCUCAGCAAUGGAUAAUGAUAAAACCUGAAUCCAUGUGGUCGUCAUUGGAUUUACAAUUGAAUGUGGCCGCGUGUUAUUUAAGCGCUAUAUCCAUAAGUUUUAUAACAGUAGAUCUUCCUCAACUAAUUUCAAGUUUUCUAUCAUUCUUAAUAUUUUUACUUGGAUUAAGAACCCAAUCUGGAAUUUCGAAAUUAAUCCAAACCCCUACACGAAACAUCUCUCAAAAUCAAGGAAAAUUAAAACAUUUCCAAGAUCUAAACAUUUGGUUAACAAUGUCCUUAUUUCUUUGGUCAAUUAGUUACCUUCUCUUAGUGAUUGACAGAUUGUUCGUCCCUCAAUCUCGUCAAUUCUUUGGUAACUCCCGCUUUCUAACUGAUUUCUUGUCCAUAACGGCAAAUUUCGGUAGAUUGUUCGUGUACAUCUCUUUAAUUUCAAUCAUAUAUCCGGAUUUUCCCAUUGAUGUCUCAUCUGCUCCAAAACGACAAAUUUCGAAGCCCAUGAAUGUGAUCAAACAUGAUACUCCUAAUUUAGAUGAAUUAAUUUAUCAAUGUCAUGCUUUCGUAGACCUUCCAACUACUUCUGAAAAACAAUCCUCUUCAAAAUUAUCAAAAAAAAAUUCAAAAUCAAAAUCUCCUUUUAGUAAAUCUCCUCCAAAUGAUGAUGACCUUCCAACUUCUCCAUUAAAUCAAACAAGUUUAAUAGACGAUGCAUUACAUCAACAAAUCGUGGUUGAGAUGACACGAGAACGAACUGUGGAACCUGCUUAUAUGCAUGCUUAUAUAAAUCCUCACGUAUCUCAUAGAAAUAAUUUAAAAUCUCCUACUCCAAGUGAUAGACCUUUUAGUCUUAAUUCGGAUUUGUUAGCUCCAUUACCAAGUCCAAAUUCGGAUUUUGCUGCUGAUAAUAAAAUUAGGGGUAAUAAUAAUCAAGGAAGAUCUUUAUUUUUCCAAAAUAAUAAUCAAAAAAUAGCGCCAGAUAAUGAGGAAAUAGUGAAUGGCGCACCGUCAAAUCAAAGUCACAUGAACAGAACAAACCGAUAUGCUAAAGAUCAAAAUUUUGUUAGCAUUAAUGUAGUUGAACAAAAUAAUCUUGGAAAUGUUAAACAAAAUAAUCUUGGAAAUGUUAAACAAAAUAAUCUUGGAAAUGUUAAACAAAAUAACCUUGGAGAUAUUAAACAAAAUAAUAUUGAAAAUGUUAAACAAAAUAAUCUUGGAAAUGUUAAAGGGGAUCAAUAUAAUCAGAAGGACAGAACUGAUGUUAAUAAUGUUGUUAUUGAUACUGACAUAAGGAACAAUAUUGGUAAACAGAAUAACAAUAAUGAAUUCUUGAGUCCACCAAAGAUUGAAAAGAAACAUAAAAAGGGCAUUGUUCAAAAUUCCUCAUAA